AAAUACCCAAGUAGGUGGAGGCCAAUAAACUAAAGAAGAGAAUUUAAAAUUGACAGCAUGUUAGAAUGGCCUAUGGCUUGACCCUCAUGUCAAAUGUCAUGCUGUUAUCAAAAUAUAAAUAACCUAACUUAAGUAAAAGGCAAAAGGCUAAAGCCAUAGAGAUAAAUAAAAUAUAGUAUUACCGGACGCUAAAGCUGAAAUUUAAAUCAAAAUCAAAGUUUCUACAAGAAUACCAAUAAGUUGUACCCUAUGUCAAGAUAUUUUCAUUAAUGAAAUGAACAAACCGAGGCCCUGUGGUUGUAAAGGUCUUAGAUCGUGUUAUAUUUGUGAAAAAGAUUACAACAUAGUGAAAUCCAAUUUCAUAAAUCUUGAAAAUGGAAAAUACAUUUAUUGUUACAUCUGCAAUAAAGCAUGGCCAGGAUGGAGUCCUGAAGAUAAUUCGCAUGGAAAUCAUACAGGUGAGUCCAUAGAAUACCCAGGGGUAUUUAUCCAAACCAAUUUUUUGUCAAAACAAGAAGAAAAUGAUUUGUUAGCGACCAUUGAUUCUAUGACUUGGGAUCCCUCACAAAGUGGUAGAAGGAAGCAAAAUUUUGGCCCGAAGUGUAACUUUAAGAAAAAAAGAAUAAGGGUUGGAGACUUUCAAGGUUUUCCAAUACAAACUGAAAUUAUUCAAACUAAAUUCGAGGAUGUAUCUAUAAUGAAAGGCUUCCAAACCAUAGAACAGUGCUCUUUGGAAUAUACUCCUGAAAGGGGAGCUUCUAUAGAUCCUCAUAUAGAUGACUGUUGGAUAUGGGGUGAAAGGAUAGUUACUGUUAAUCUACUUUCAGAUUCCAUUCUUACUAUGACAUACAAUGAUAAGCCCAAUAGAUAUAAUUUGGAUUGUGUUAAAACAUAUCCCUCAAUUUUAACACAAAAAGGUUUUCUCAAUACCACCAAUAGCAGCUAUGUUGUUAAACCAUUAAAUGAGAAUGACAAAUAUCCUGUUGUAAGAAUACCAAUGCCAAGAGGAUCACUACUUAUUAUGUAUAAUUCUGCUAGGUAUGAUUGGGAACAUCAAGUAUUGAGGGAAGAUAUUAUUAGCCGUAGAGUGUGCUUAGCCUACAGAGAGUUUACUCCACCGUAUUUAGAAGCAGGAGAAAAAUUUGAAGAAGGAAAAUCAAUUUUACAAAAGGCCAAAAACUUUUAUUAACAUAACUGUGAUAUCAAAUAAAUGUUAUACAAGAUA